UCUCCGCGCGCGCAAGAGAGGUGCUUCGUCUGCCGAGAGCGCGUGAGUCAGAUCGAGUACAGAAGAUAAAACCCAAAAUGCUUUAACAAUACGGUCGCGUUUGUGGGUGAUUAUCACCGAAAGGGAACAGAACAGCUCUUCUGGCGUAAGACACGCAUAUUAUCAUAAGCUGAACACAAAAGAGGCGCACGAGCCUGGGCAGCUCAUUGUCGUGUGCUUAAUUCUGCUGGUUUUAAUCACAGGGAGGGUCGUGAAGUCUAUGGGGUAAAUGGAUAUGUAAAGGGCCUGGUCAUCGGACCUUAAUGCAAGAUCUUUACCGUUUAGUUGAAGUAAGUGUUGACGGUGGGGAUCGUAGAGGAUAUGGCUGCUCUAAUGACUUCAGGACUUUGGUUUGUCGCUCUCACACUGUCGGCAGUAUGGUGUGCUGAGGUGGAGGAGCGGUUGAUAAAUUACCUACUCUCCCCUGACCGCUACAACAAACUGAUCCGGCCAGCAAUCAACAAGAGCCAGCAGGUCACCAUUGCAAUCCAAGUGUCCCUUGCCCAGCUCAUCAGUGUGAAUGAGAGAGAGCAGAUUAUGACCACAAACUGUUGGCUCUCACAGAUUUGGAAUGAUUAUCGGUUGAUUUGGGAUCCAGAAGAGUAUGAAGGAAUCAGGAAAGUUCGCCUUCCUUCCCAGCAUAUAUGGCUGCCUGACAUUGUGCUAUACAACAAUGCUGAUGGGACAUACGAGGUGUCUUUCUAUUGCAAUGCUGUUAUAUCAAAUAACGGUGAGGUUGCCUGGCUACCACCAGCCAUAUAUAAGAGUGCCUGUCAAAUUGAGGUCCGGGACUUUCCCUUUGACCAGCAAAACUGCACACUCAAGUUCCGCUCUUGGACUUAUGACCACACAGAAAUUGACCUCAUCUUGUUGUCGGACUUUGCCAGCCGAGAUGACUUUAAGCCAAGUGGGGAGUGGGAUAUUGUCUCCUUGCCGGGUCGUAAAAAUGAAGACCCUAAUGACAUCACAUAUUUGGAUAUAACGUACGAUUUUAUCAUCAGGCGCAAACCAUUGUUCUACACCAUUAAUAUAAUCAUCCCUUGUGUUCUCAUUACUUCUCUCGCCAUCUUGGUGUUCUACCUACCGUCAGACUGUGGGGAGAAGAUGACUCUGUGUAUCUCUGUUCUUCUGGCCUUAACUGUGUUCCUGUUAAUGAUUUCCAAGAUUGUACCUCCGACCUCACUUGCCGUGCCCCUCAUCGGGAAGUACUUGAUGUUCACCAUGGUGUUGGUGACCUUCUUAAUUGUCACAAGUGUAUGUGUGCUGAACAUUCACCAUCGAUCCCCAAGCACACACACUAUGCCGAAGUGGGUCAGAAACUACUUCCUCGUCCGUUUGCCUGGCUUUCUGUUCAUGCAGCGACCAGGAGAAGACAACAAUUGUGAGAAAUUUCGCAGGACGCACCAGCAGUGCUCCUUAUCUGAUCUCACAGCAAAGUGUGAAGCAGAUGAGUCGGAUUCUACCUUCUUUGUCAAUGAAGAUUCAGCCAAGCACAUUAAUUGGAGACCUAGUGAGUUGCAGGAAAGCACAGAGUUUCGUAAGCGGAUGGCAAUGAAGUGCUCUCCAGACAUGGAGGAGGCUGUGAAGGGGGUCAGAUACAUUGCUGACAAGAUGAAGAGAGAGGACGAUGAUGAAGGGAUUAUCGAGGACUGGAAAUAUGUAGCCAUGGUGAUCGACCGUCUGUUUCUGUGGAUCUUUGUUUUAGUGUGUGUUACAGGAACCAUCGGCCUCUUCAUGCAGCCACUCUUCAAGAGCUAAAACACACCCACUACUGAUUUGUAGACACGUAUACAGGCAGACCAGCUUCAACCCAACAAACACAGAACAAUGCCACAACAUGUUUAUUUUCAGUGCACAUGCACCCCAAUUUAUCAUAAACUGACAACAUGCUUAACAUGCUCAACAAAUCUUGUAGCAAUCGCAGAAGGUGAAACCCAACAAUGGACUUCAGACCUGACACGUGUCUUAUGCAGUAGCACUAAGCUCUGUACACUGACCAUUCAACACACUCGACACACAAUUCUUCCACAUCGUUGAGUCAGAGCACACCACUGGACACAAACUAAAUAUGAAGCUGACUCUAACAGUGACCAGUAGCCAUUUAAUGGAAAAUACUUUCCACCUUUACACACACAAACACACUUGCAUGUACUGUUCUUCAUAGUUUGAUUGAAUUACAAAUUUACAGACAGAACUGAUUUUUGGCCACUCUCAUGAUCAUAUGCUUUUGUUGGAAUUAAUUAUAAGUGCUAAACAUAUAAUUUUCAUAAUGUUAUAAUAUUAUGAUGAUAUGUUAUU